GUGAGUACUCUGCGGAACUCGUAUUCCAUAUCUCUUAGAGAGCAAAUAGAAACCACAUGACGGAAAUGCAACCUUAGUGCCCCCGGAAGGGAAAACCCGGUCGACGAGCCGGGGCGGGCUCGCGUCAGCCCGGCCCAGUUGCCAUGGCGCUUUCUCCGUACGUGGUGGCCAUGCAGGACCUGUUCCGAGCCAACACGCGCAGCCGUGAGUUCCCAGCGCACGGAGCCAAAGUGCACUCGGUGGCUUGGAGUUGCUGCGGCCGCCGCCUGGCUUCGGGCUCCUUCGACAAAACCGCCAGCGUCUUCGUGCUCGACAAGGACCGACUGAUGAAAGAAAACAAUUACCGUGGUCAUGGAGACAGUGUGGAUCAGUUGUGUUGGCACCCUAGUAACCCAGACUUAUUUGUCACUGCAUCUGGAGACAAAACGAUCCGUAUAUGGGAUGUCCGCACCACAAAGUGCAUUGCCACAGUAAACACCAAAGGGGAGAAUAUUAACAUCUGCUGGAGUCCUGAUGGCCAGACUAUUGCUGUAGGUAACAAGGAUGACGUAGUCACCUUCAUCGAUGCUAAGACACAUCGGUCCAAAGCUGAGGAACAAUUCAAGUUUGAGGUGAAUGAGAUCUCUUGGAACAAUGACAACAACAUGUUUUUCCUCACCAAUGGCAACGGAUGCAUCAACAUCCUCAGUUACCCAGAGCUGAAGCCCAUCCAGUCAAUUAAUGCUCAUCCAUCAAACUGCAUCUGCAUCAAAUUUGACCCAACGGGCAAAUAUUUUGCAACAGGCAGUGCUGAUGCAUUGGUUAGCCUAUGGGAUGUGGAUGAGCUGGUGUGUGUCCGAUGCUUCUCUAGGCUGGAUUGGCCUGUAAGGACACUGAGCUUCAGCCACGAUGGGAAGAUGCUGGCUUCAGCAUCUGAGGAUCACUUCAUUGAUAUUGCUGAGGUAGAAACAGGGGAGAAGCUGUGGGAGGUGCAGUGUGAGUCGCCCACUUUCACAGUGGCUUGGCAUCCAAAACGGCCCUUGCUGGCCUUCGCCUGUGACGAUAAAGACGGCAAAUACGACAGCAGCAGGGAAGCUGGCACCGUAAAGCUGUUUGGUCUCCCUAAUGACUCGUAAACAAAGUCUGCUGGAAAGUACGCCUGUGACCUGGGUCAGGGAAGCUUUUCACAAGCCAUGUUUGUUUUGCUUCCUUUUAGAACAGGAGCAGUACCACAGCUUGGCAUUCUCUGCACAAGAAACCUCCUCUUUGAUGCUCUUGUAAACUACCAACUAUCCUAGCAGGCCCAGAGGCUGGGUCACCGAAUCCCAAUUACAUUUCUACAAUACACUGUUUUGUAUUGCAAAGAGGAGAGACAGUAACUACAGCUGCCAAUGCAUUUGAGUGUCUAUGGACCUUGAGGAGUAUGUGGUUGUCAUCCCUUCCUUUCUUCCCUUGAGGAUAGCGACACUGUGAGGGAUGUAUGGCUCUCCUGUAGCCGCAUUUGCAACCCUCUUCCCUUGGAUAAUAUUGACUCAUUCAUUCCGGAGGGAAUGAGUGUGUUAAUUCUUUCAUACCUUGGUAUUAUAAAGGGAGUUGGGUUGGGAUAUAGGGUUAUUUUUUUGUAUCAGUCUUUUUGUAAUGUAGAAAACUUUGUUCCACUCAAUAAAACAAACCAACUAAAACAUCUGUGUACUGUAGCUUGAAAAAGACUAUGUCUUGAACUGGAAAAAAGAUAUAAAAUGUUGCUAUAAAAAUAAAGAGUGUACUUCUUUCUCACA